AUGUUAGAGUUUCAAGUUGUUCUUAAUGACAAAGAUGGAGGCCGUCCUGUCAAAUUUGACACAUCAAACAAUACCGUCAUAUGUAGUUGCAAGAAAUUUGAGUUUGUCAGGAUACUAUGUAGCCAUGCACUAAAAGUUCUGGAUUAUUAUAAUAUAAAGGUGCUUCCUUCCAAUUAUAAUUUGAAGAGAUGGCAAAGAGAAUCAAAGGUUGGUACUGUGAAGGACCAUCUUGGGUUUACCAUACAAGGUGAUCUUACGAUUUCUUUAGGGAAGCGUUAUAGCUAUUUGUGUUGCAAGUUUAUUAAAAUUGCUUCAAUGACUGCGGAAUAUGAAGAUGCAUUUGAUUUUGCUGGCAGAUAUUCAGACAAAUUUCAUGAUGAAUUGACAGAGUGUAUACAAGGGAUCAAGAAACUUCCUUUGAUGACAUAUCAACUAAUGAUGAAAAUGUAG